AUGGACGAGUGGCGCUGCCGGCGGCACCCGCCCAUGCCGGGCGGCGGCGUGUGCCCGCACUGCCUCCGCGACCGCCUCCUCCGCCUCUGCCCCGACUGCGCGUGCCCGCUGCCCUGCGCCUGCUCCUGCGCGUCCUCCCCGUCGUCCUCGUCCUCCGGCGCCAGCGCCGUCGGCCGGGUCCACAGCCUCAUCGAGCGGGAGCGCCGGGUCGCGCGCUCGCGCUCCGUCGCCGUGCACGCUCCCGUCGGCGCCGAUCGGGGGCGGCCCAAGUCCGGGGUCUGGGGCUGGGUGUCGUUCCGGAAGCCGCCGCCGCCGAACGCCGCAGCGAGGUGCAAGGACGUGGAGCAGGAGUACGACGACGCGGUGGCAUUGGCGAGGUCGAGGUCGGUGUCGAUGGCGCCGGCGCCGGCGGCAGCGGAGGUCAAGGGAGCGCAGAAGGCCGGAGGGUGGGGUAGGCUCAUCCCCGGGAAGAUCAAGGCGCUGCGGAACCGGAAGUCGCGCGCCGGCGGCGACUGGCGGGACAACGUGAGAUGA